GGACGGACUUGGAUCCAGGCUCCUAAAGGCAUCUGGUCCAGCCUGAGCAUCGUUCUCUUCGGGUGCCUCUGAUGGAGAUGUGAUUGUGGUCCUGCGGCUUCUUUAAACUCGUGCCCCAGCCCGGCCUGCCUGGACUGGCCAUGACCUGUGACCGAAGGGUGGCCUCGUCUUUCCGUUACGGAGUGACCAUCACCGGGGCGGUGGUCCUGGUCACCGGGACACUCUGCUUCGCCUGGUGGAGCGAUGGGGACAUGGGGCCCUCUCUGAGCCCCAGGACGAAAGCUUCUCUGCCAGGGAAGGCAGCCCCCCCAGCUGGCACCCCAGCACCCAUGGCUGCACCCCCCAGUGCCCUGCUGAGGUCGGUCAGCUUCUUCUGCUGCGGCGUCGGGGGGAUGCUCCUUCUCUGGGGCCUGCUCUGGUCAGCCAAGACCAAUGUCCGGGCGGUCCCUCGAUACUACCACCGCCGUCUCCCCAGGGACCUGGGCUACUUCACGGCCGAGCCCGCCCAGAAGUGGAGCUACAGAGAUUUCUCUGCCAUGAGGACAGUGCUUCAGCCCAGAGCCCCUGGAGAGGCCCAGGCCACAGGGUUCGAGCUAGAAGGGACGCCAGUGGUCAUCUAA